UUUUUAUUACCUGUGUUCUUCAGAGUGAUGAAUGGGAAACUUCACUACAAUUUUACUGCCUUGGAUAACCUUAUGGAUCACCUGUGGGAAAAUAAGCUAAUUCCAGGAUUUGAAUUGAUGGGGAAUCCAUCAGGCUAUUUUUUAGAUUUUGAAGAUAAAGAACAGGUAGUAAGAUGGAGAAACUUAAUUACACUUCUGGCCAACAGAUACAUAGAUAGGUAUGGAUUGGAACAUGUUGCUAAAUGGAAUUUUGAAACAUGGAAUGAACCAGACCACCACGACUUUGACAAUGUGUCCAUGACAGUGAAAGGGUUUCUCAACUAUUAUGAUGCUUGCUCAGAAGGAUUAAGAGCAGCCAGUCCUCUACUAAAAUUUGGAGGACCUGGGGAUUCUUUCCACCCCUUUCCCAAGUCACCCAUAUGCUGGAGUCUUCUGUGUCACUGCUACAAUGGAACCAACUUCUUCACAGGGGAGACUGGUGUAAGGCUGGACUACAUCUCUCUCCAUAAGAAGGGAAGUGGGAGUUCUCUCUACAUCUUGCAACAAGAAGUAGAAGCAGUUGAACGAAUUCAGAAGCUGUUUCCAAAUUUUGCUUCUGUUGCCAUAUACAAUGAUGAAGCAGAUCCAAUGGUUGGAUGGUCCAUUCCACAACUGUGGCGAGCUGAUGUGACCUAUGCAGCUAUGGUUGUAAAGGUAAUCAUCCAGCAUCAAAACCUGCUCAUUUCCAAAGCCAACAACACAAUCAACUACACGCUGCUGAGUAAUGACAAUGCUUUUUUGAGCUACUACCCCCAUUACUUCACACAGCGGACUCUGACAGCACGUUUUCAAAUGAACAAUACAAAGCCACCUCAUGUCCAGAUGGUGCGGAAACCAGUGCUGACUGUCAUGGGCUUGCUGGCACUGCUAGGAGAAAAGCAGAUUUUUGCGGAAGUGAACAGCAGUGAAGGUGAAUGCACUCAAAACAGCACAAUUGGUGUCCUGGCAUCUGUGCACACCCCAAGUGAGAUGCAACCCUCAGACAGUUGGCAAGCCACCCUACUGAUAUAUUCAAGUGAGGAUAACAGGACUUCAUCCAACAUCAGCACCAUCACAGUGAACACCACCCACUUCCCCAAACUUAGAGAGCUGAUGUAUGUGACAUAUUACCUGGAUAACAACCAAACCAAUCCCUACCUGAAGUGGAAAAAGCUAGGAAGCCCUGACUUUCCUUCCCCAGAACAGUUCUGGCAAAUAAGGGAUGCUGAGGACCCAGUGGCCACAGGCCCAUACCCAUUUCCUGAAAGUGGCAUCCUGACACUGAAGCAAGACUUUCCUGUUCCCUCAGUCUUUCUUAUCCACACUUGUGCAAGACCCAGAUCAGUUCCUUAUCAAGUGACCGGUGUUCGUUUGAUCCCUCUCACAAAGGGGCAGGUCAUUGUGUUGUGGGAUGAUGAAUGUGUAAAGUCAAAAUGUAUAAAGACGUUUGAAGUGGAGUUCUCACCAGAUGGAAAAGCAUACCAGCGGAUUAAUGCCAAAGACACAAUAUUCACUCUCUGGGUCUACAGUCCAGGAAGCUCAGUCUCCGGCUUUUACAGAGUGCGUGCUGUUGACUACUGGGGGAAGGCAGGGCUGUCCUCUCUUCCUGUGGAGUAUAUUGAAGCUUUCUGAAGAGUGAUGUCUGGCUUGGUGACUGAGUGGCGUAUGCUCCCUGCAAAUGACAACUCCCCAGAAAAAUAAACUCCUCCCAGGCUGAGGAGGGAGUAUCGAAAGGACCUGAUGAAGCAAGUUAGGAAUGCAAGUUGGAAGCAACUGCCCCUAUUAACUCUUCAGAGCUCAAAAGACAGCGUUAUCAAACAGCCACCACUGACAACCCAACUGCUACCAUUGUGAAAGGCUGCCAUUGGACUAGGAUUCAGCUUAGUAACUAGGAACUAGGGAAUAAAUAUUUAUUAUUCCCUAUUUUACACUG